CUAGUACCCAGCGCGCUAGUAUGUCUGGGUAGAAGCACGUUGUUCUCUCUCUUUUCCGCCAUCUUUGUUGUAGAAGGUUUUUGUACUGAGUGGUCGAACUUUAAUCAAUCAAGAUGCAAAACGAAGCCGGUGAUUGCGUUGAUAUGUAUAUUCCUAGGAAAUGCUCUGUGACCAAUAGAAUUAUUUCUGCAAAGGACCAUGCGUCUGUUCAGUUAAAUGUUGGUGAUAUUGAUGAUUCUGGAAGGUUUACAGGAAGCUCCAAGACAUAUGCUUUCUCUGGUUUCCUACGAAAACAGGGUGAAGCUGAUGAUGCACUCGUACAAAUUGCAAUGAGAGAUGGAAUAGUUCCCAAGACUUACAAGUCUUAGAAAUGCAUGAAAAACACUGCAGAUAAAAAUAAAGAUCUUUGAAAUGUG